AUUUUUGGUCUUAGUUAAGAGGGACACUUCUUUAUAACCUGUUCUUUGUAUGAACCAGACCAGAAAUGAAAGGAAACAAAGGACAAAGCAAUGCAUAUAUUCUCAUUAAGACACUCACUGUCAAUGCUCCAUAACUUUGGAUCAAAUAGUACCCCUACUUGCAUAGUAGAUUUAGUCAAGUCAUAAAAAAAUACUUAAAUACACAUUUAAUUUGCAUGUCAUUUUAUAGCUUGGCCAAAUUCAACUGAAAGAUUUGAAUUAAAAGUAAAAUCCAUUGUCCUCUGAGCAAAGACAUUUCAUGAAUUGAAACCUACCCCAAUAUAGUCACAAUUACAACAAGUUAAAGUGUGAAUGAAAUAACUUCAAAUGGAGGCUUAGAUGGAAGGAGAGGUGUUCAACUCACCAUGUCCUCGUACACAGACUGAUGUGGAGAUGGCGCGCUUGCCAAUAAGGCUAAGUGCUCUGGUGGCCAGCAUUCUGAAAAACAAACAUUUGGAGAUUAUGAUGCACCAUAAACAAGUCGCUGCUGUUGCCUCGACAUCCCGAUCGAUUCAGCGGGUUAUAAACAGCAUCCCCACGUAAUAAUCAAAUUCUUGGUAAUUCACUAGUUCUCCGUAGGUCAAUAUAACAACAUAAGACCAUAAAUCCUGAGAGGAUGCGCCUACAGUCCUCUAUUUGUGUCAUCCGGAAAUGCUAAGCUGUCGUUAGCACUCGACCCAACACAAGGUCACACCGCCCGAGCAAAUGCAGUUCCGGAGAACGCCAAUGGACACGUAAACGCGCAACAUUGUAUAAUCCCACUUCACUGUUUGAUACCUAAAUUCCGAGUCAUUCAUCUUGCUGAAGCUCAAUAUGAUGAAAGUUAGCAUGUUUAUCAUCGGCGCCCAUUGAUGCUAACGACAACUAGCCAUGAGUGCUAGCUUGUCCUAGCACACACGGCAAAGUCACUCGCACUUCAACAUUCGAGACGUUUAACGGAGCAAUAUCGGCAUGUUAGAAAGCUGAGAUUGUUGCAUGCAUGUCGUAUAAAUCGAUACAGCAAUACAGCAGCGUUUAUUGUCCUUCACAAGCGUGUUAGAAACGAACCUGCUCUCCGCUCCGUUCUCCGGUCCGCCGGUGGUCAGAAAGGAAACGAAAAACAGAGCGGAAGUACGUCACCGUCGGACUUACUCGGCGACAUAUGGGGCCUUACGUCACGAAGGGAAACUCAGACGUACUGUACUUUAGGGAGUUAUUAUUUCACCUAAAUUACACACUGAUUGUCACGUUGAUAUCCCAUCUGUUGUUUAUCUAUUUUCUUCUGCGUGGCCAAAGGGUGGAUAAAAUAUAUACAUUAUUUAUUUCGAAAAACAAUGAAAAAUGUCUGGACAGUAGGUGGCGGUGUAGUUGUUGAAGCUCGUCGCUGUUCAUCGUUCAACAAGAGAAGAAGAGUCGUGCGUGCGGCAGGAUUAGCUUGCAGUUGCCGACUUGUUCCAUGUUGCAUUUUAAAACUAUCUGCGAUAUAAAAUGGUAAAUACACUGAGCAGAGAAUCCGUCGUCUGCCAUCUACUUUGAUCCAAGACAGGCUGAUAUAUAUUUUUUUGCCCCGGCAUGGUAUCUAAUAUUAGCUAGCGUUAGCUUAGCUGAAGUCGUUUCCGCUGCACCUGUCAAGUGUCCUCCGAACAUGCCUGUUCAACUGACCAGUCAAGCCUACUGCAAGAUGCUGCUGCACGCGGCCAAGUACCCGCACAGUGCGGUGAACGGACUCCUGGUGGCGGAAAGGACCAAAGACAAGAAGAAGGACGGACACCACCUCGACCCGGUCCUGUGUGUGGACUGUGUCCCCCUGUUCCACGGUACUUUAGCCCUGGCUCCGAUGCUGGAAGUGGCACUGUCGCUGAUUGACACUUGGUGCAAAGAAAACAAGUAUAUCAUCGCUGCCUAUUAUCAAGCCAACGAACGCACGAAAGAUUCACGACCCAACCAGGUUGCAGAGAAGGUGGCCGCAAGAGUUUCUGAGAAUUUCAGUGAAGCUGCAAUAGUCAUGGUGGACAGCAGUCGGCUAAAAAUGAGCUGCAGUGAGCCAAUUGUCAUUAUUUAUGAUCAUCAUGAAAAUAAAUGGAAAAGCAGAGACGUCUCUUACGAUUGUUUCGAGGACUGGAGCGAAGCCCAGAAGAUCACCUCGGCUCUGUUGGAGGGACGGUCCUACGAGAACUUGGUUGACUUUGACAAUCACCUGGACGACCUGCGCAACGACUGGACGAAUCCUGUCAUCAACAAGUCUGUCCUGGACCUCUGUUGAGCCGCGGAGUUUCCGGAGACUCCAGCAAACACUCGGCCACCACAGCCUUUAGUCCGUGUGAUGCUUGGUGAGGGACACCUCAGAGAAACCUCCUAUGAGGAUCAGAGCACUGAUGACCCUCCUGGCCCAAGUCUGUCUCGGCUGAGAGCCAUAUCUUCUGUUGUCCACCUUUCCAAGGUGAUGCUGAGCUGAUAGAGAUGUUUUGAUGACUAGUUUUUGAGAGGCGUGUUAAUCAAGUGUGUGCGUUAGAAAAUACUUUUUCAUCUUACUGCUUUAGUUUUUGAGCGACCUAACAAUAAUGUGUUGCUGCUCGGAUCAUUUUUAUACAUCAUCCUUGAAAAUAUUCUGUUGAGUUGUUUCGUACAAGCUGCAAUACAGAAGCUGUUCUGCCGCACAUGUCCCACUUUCCCUGUUCAGUCAAGACUGCUGCACAACUCCAUCUGAGAUUAUUUUGCUACUGCAAACCAUGCCAUGACUACUUUAACUAUAACUUUUUUUUUAUCUAUGUCUAUCCUCACACGUCUGAAAUUUGAAAUGCUUGAUGAUUUAUGUUAUUUAAAGUAAAGCGAUUAAUAUAAAUAGAGAUUUGCUCAACAUGAUUUUUCAAAAGGAAAAGCCAGUUUCUGAGUAUCAUUUUACAGAUGUUUGAGGCAGAUUGUAUGAGAAAACCAGCCUUUCAAAAUGAGCUGACUUUGUGAAAAGGCAUUUUAUGCCGGCUUUCUUUUUAAAAAUAAAAAAUGAUUUAA